AUGCGCCACGACCUGACCUCGACACCUCCCUCCUCCGCCUCCCCCCUCCUCCCCCUCCCCCGCUCACCCGUCGCAUCGCAAACAGUGGCCCGCAAUGAGGAAAAGUCGCAGUCGAUGCUGUACCGCUUCCGCGAGGCCCAGGCCGCAGAGCUCGGCCUCGUCGGUCGCAGCGACCGCCGCCCGAGGGUCGCGAGCUCGUGCAAGGACCUGCGCCAGUGCGAGCGGUGGAGGGGCGAGAUCCUGCGCGACAUCAGCCGCAAGGUGUCCAAGAUCCAGGACGCCGGCCUGACCGACUACGAGGUGCGCGACCUCAACGACGAGAUCAACAAGCUCCUGCGCGAGAAGCACCACUGGGAGAACCAGAUCAUUGCGCUCGGUGGCGCCAACUACAAGCGCGCGGCGGGCAAGAUCACGGACCAGGACGGCCGCGAGGUGCCCGGCCAGAGGGGCUACAAGUACUUUGGCCGCGCGCGCGACCUGCCCGGCGUGCGCGAGCUGUUUGCGAGCGCCAAGGCCGACCAGGACGAGCUCCAGUCGUACAAGGUCCUCAAGGUGACCCGGUUCGACGGCGCGCCCAACAGCUACUAUGGCGACGGCGCCGAGGAGGGCGAGGCGGGGAGACAGCUGCUCGAGGAGGAGAGGGAGGCCGAGGAGAAAGCAUGGGAGGACGCGGUCGACAACCUCGACGGCGAGAUCGACGACAUCCCCUCGCUCCCGCUCCCGACCCGGUCCCUCAUCUCGCUCGCGCCCGCACCGCCACCCGACGCGACCGACGCCGCGGCCGCCGCCGCCGCCGCCGACGCACCAGGCGGCAAGCGCAAAGCGCCCGCGCCGACCAAGGGCGGCAAGAAGGCCAAGCUCGCCGAUGGGUCCGCCGCCUCGUCCUCCACCACCCCCUCCUCCUCCUCCUCCACCACCGCCGCCGCCACCACCGCCGCCGCCGUCGCGCCCGCACCCGCACCCGGCGCCGGCGGCGGCUUCGAGAGCGUCUUCACGGCCGACAUGCUCCUCCCGCCAAAGCUCCUGAGCGCAAAAGACGUCGAAAAGGUGCUCGUCGAGCGGCAGAAGAGGCUCUUGCUCGACGAGUAUGGCGUCGACGGCGAGGGUGAGGGCGACGCCGAGCGCGAGGCGGCGUGAGCGAGCGAGCGAGUGUGGGUGUGCGUGUUGGAGGGAGAGGGCUGUAACGAUGUACUUUGCUCGAGCUAG